GUUCCCUGGCUCCCGUGCCUGUGGCCACCUCCAGGGGUAUCGGCUCUGUGGUAGGAACACCGGGCCCCUAUUUAGGGUGCUGGUGCUGGGGGGCCCUUUCCGGCCACUUCUGAAGUUGCAGCGCCCCGAGGAGGCACCGGCAUCCAGGAUGUCCACACAGAGCACGGGCCACCGGGAGCCCAAGGCCUCGCCCCUGCAGCCUGGGAUCCUGAAGGCCCCAGGCCGCCAGCGGCGCCACACACUUCCCGCCAGCGAGUUUCGCUGCCUCACCCCGGAGGAUGCUACCAGCGUGUUCGAGAUUGAGCGUGAAGCCUUCAUCUCUGUCCUGGGCAUCUGCCCCUUGUAUCUGGAUGAGAUCAAGCACUUCCUGACCCUGUGUCCCGAGCUGUCCAUGGGCUGGUUCCAGGAGGGCCGCCUUGUGGCUUUCAUCAUCGCCUCGCUUUGGGACCAGGAGAAACUCACUCAGGAGUCGAUGGCACUGCACCGGCCGGGGGGCCACACGGCCCACCUCCGCGCCCUGGCCGUGCACCGCACUUUCCGGGGGCAAGGCAAGGGCGUCAUCCUGAUGUGGCGGUUCCUGCAGUACCUGGGCGGGCAGCCGGCAGUGCACCGGGCCGUGCUCAUGUGUGAGGACAGGCUGGUGCCCUUCUACCAGAAAUUCGGCUUCCACCUGGUGGGCCCGUGCGCCAUCACCCUGGGCUCGCUCACCUUCGCUGAGCUCCAGCGCUCCAUGCGGGACCACGCCUCCCGGCGGAGGAACAGCGGCUGCUGAGGCCCGUGCUCCCCCUCCACUCCCCCGCCCCUGUCCCCCCACCCAACCUGGCUGCCAUCCCCAGAGUGCCUGCAGCCAGGUGUUGGAGCUCUGGGGAGGCCGGCUGGGGGGCUCCCACCCAGGCCCCACGUCCCGUUGUCUCCCCCACCCAGCUGCCAGCAACAGCGCGGGCGGCACACCUGGUGCAGCUCUCUGGACCCCCUGCAUUCCCAAUCGUGCCGGAGGUGGGGACAGGCUGGGAACUGUCCUGUGACCCACCUCAGCGACUCCUUCCUUCUCAGGAGCCUACGGUGGGCCCUCUGGGCAGGCGACACCCGCCCUCACAGGCUAGGCCUGGUGCUCAGCAGGCCCUUCCUCUGCCCAGCCUCACGGAUCCCCUUUCUCAUCCUCAGCCCCAGAAGGAGGGGUAUGUGGGAUCAGGAAAGAGCAGGGGCCACCUCUGAGCUCAUCCCGUGUGCCCCCACCCCUGGCCUCACACAUCCUGGGUCUCUCCCCUCUAAUAAAGUGGUUGCAUCACAUAACGUU